AUGGCUCUGGGACGAGGAACUGGUCAGUCAGGGAACAGCUCAAAGUCUGUGGAUAAGGAAAGAAAAGUAACAUUGUUAGGCGGGGCACAAACGGAGCAUCGCAGCGACAGCCGUUCAAUCGUCCGUCACAAAGGCUCUUCUGAGGUUAAAGUCGUGAAAUCAUUGCGAGAGAGGUUCAAUGACAAGUACAACAAAGAAUAUAUGCCCUUAUAUUUGAAAGUCCACCCGAAGUUUGAACAGUUACAAAAGGGGGAAGAAACUGACAGUGGAAUUCCAGAUAAUCUUGAACAAGGAUGCAGUAUACUUCCGACAGCAGAGGAAAUUGGGGAUUUCAAUACUGCUUGUCAGAAGCUGAGUAAAGUGCAGGGCAAGUUGAAAGAUGCUAGGAAGCAUAAUCCUGACGAGGUCGCAAGCUUAGAAUCUGAAAGGCAACUUGCUGAACAUGAUAAAAUAUCAAAAGAAAAACAUAUCGAGAAUGCUAUGAAACGACUAUGUGUAGUAAUUAGUCAGCAGAGUAAUGAAGAAAUCAGUUCACCUGUCAAAGAGGCUUACAUACGCGUUAUUGUAUAUUGGAAUGAGAGGAAAUUGGAAUACCUUGCAAAAUCAAUCGAACUCCUUACAGUGGCCAGAGACAAUCAAAGAAUCAUCUCUGCAUUUCCACCUCAUUCAGUAGAUCAGAAAUAUCAGAUCCAAAAUCUCGCAACUCAAUUUCAAGCAAUAUAUGAGGAAGUAGAAGGUCAAAGGCAAUCUGAGAUAUCUAGAGAGAGUAUAGACUUGCUAAAGAAGGAUAUACAAGACCUUCGAGAUAUAGGAAAGCAAAUUGACGGUAUAAAUCAAUCUGUGAAGGCGAGUUUCGAACCCUACGAGAAAGCUAUAGCAAGUGCAAUUGGUGCUACCGAAAUAUUAUGGAAGAAUCAUCAAAAAGGAGUGAAGUUCGAAGAUUUGAAAGAUAUAGGUAGCGGCCAAGAGAAGAAGGGAACAGAGAAUUCUAAGACUCAUAUACGUUGGGAAGAUCCACCAAAGAAAUGA